CCUCAGAGCACCACAGUCUUCUCUCCUCUCCUGAAGGCGGAGGGACAAGGACUAGCCAGGGGCUGGCAAGGGCAGUGGUCCCUGAAGCAGCCAUGGGGGUCACCUCACUGUCUCGGCGGGUCCCUCGGUGCUGGAGGCGCAGUGCAAUCCCUCUCAUUAUCUUCACGCUACUGCUUCUUUAUCUCUGGGCUCAGAGCCUUCGCGCCCUCUCAGGCUGCCGAUCCGGGACCCAGUCCUGCAUUGCCAAAGGACUGCCACCUUUCCAGGCCCAGCAACAGUCAGGAUCCCUGGAGGGACUGGAACGGGAAGAGCCUCAGUGUCUGAGCCCCCACGGGAUGCUGGGCCGCAUAAUGAGGCCGUUCCGCGCCAGUCUGAACCCCAAAGGGGAUGUGGAGUUGUCGCAGUACCUGGCAGGGUGGAGAGAGCUAGUCAGGUUCCUAACUCCCCUCGGCUCCAUCUUCUCUUUCGCCACAAGCGAGGCCUUCGCCAAAGUGACAGUCCUCGAGGCUCUGGUGCACGGUCCAGAGGCCGCUCACUACACGUCGCUGGCGACCAUGGUGGCGUGGGAGAGGCCCGGGGUAGCCCCUCGGCACUCGACCCGGAACCCGGGUUCACUAACCAUGCUCUUGCUGCACCGUGCGCUACGUUGGUCCCAGCUCUGCCUCCACCGGGUGGCAACCGGGCCGCCCGGAGGCCCGGACGCCGGCGCCCAGUGCAGCGACGCCUACAGCACGGCCCUGGCCCCGCACCACCCCUGGCUGGUCCGUCAGGCCGCCCACCUCGCAUUCCUCGCCUUCCCGGGUCGCGGCCGCUUGCUCGAGCUGGCGUGUCCGGGGGUCAAAGAGGCAGAGGCGCGGGCUGCGCUGGCCCAGGCCGCGGGCACUCUGGAGGACGUCUACAACCGUACCCAGGGCUUGUUGGCCGAGCGCCGCCUGCUCCAGCUGGCCUGAUGCCUGCUGGCAGGACGAAGGAAGUGCCCUGGGGCUGGGUGGCAGCCGCUGGGUUGCGUCUGACCCUUCGCAAGGCCUCCUGGCGCCGGGGGCGGGGCCGCCAUAUACCCCGCCCCACGGUGACGUCAUCGCCAUGGAGGCCCACCCCGGUGGAAGUGGGGCUUUUAGCCUCUCUCUACGCAAUCCCGGGGAGAGGGGAGGAGCUGUGGGUAAUAAAAAAGUAUUCUUUGGUA